AUGGCAACAAUCUUCAAGCUCAUAUUUUAUGUUCCGGAGACCCAUAUCGAAGUCUGCAAAGCAGCCAUCUUUGCGGCUGGAGCUGGUCGCUACCCAAACAGCUCUUACACAGAGUGCUGCUGGACAGCCCUGGGCACCGGUCAGUUUCGCCCGGUCGCUGGGGCGAAUCCGCAUAUCGGGCAGCUGGAUAAGCUUGAAACUGUCCCCGAAGUACGAGUUGAGGCGCCCUGUGUGGGCCAGGAUGUGACAAAGAAGGCUGUGGAAGCGUUAAAGAAGGCCCACCCGUAUGAGGAACCGGCAUAUGAAGUGUAUAGACUUGAAGAUUUCUAG